AGUCAUACCUAGCUGCUCCGGCUGCCAUCGCCUGGGACUCUCCCUGCAGACACUGCACGUCCGUCCUCAGCACUUGGAUUUCUACGGCGCCCAGGGCCAGAUUUCCAAAGACUUCCAGGUCCCAGACCCCGGCAGACGCGGAACGAUGGCCUCCAUGGGGCUGCAGGUGAUGGGCAUCGCGCUGGCCGUGCUGGGCUGGCUGGGCGCCAUCCUGAGCUGCGCGCUGCCCAUGUGGCGGGUCACGGCCUUCAUCGGCAGCAACAUCGUCACGUCGCAGACCAUCUGGGAGGGCCUGUGGAUGAACUGCGUGGUGCAGAGCACCGGCCAGAUGCAGUGCAAGGUGUACGACUCCAUGCUGGCGCUGCCGCAGGACCUGCAGGCGGCCCGCGCCCUCAUCGUCAUCUGCGUCGUGGUGGCUGUGAUCGGCGUGCUGCUGUCCGUGAUGGGCGGCAAGUGCACCAACUGCGUGGAGGACGAGAGCGCCAAGGCCAAGAUCAUGAUCGUGGCGGGCGUGGUGUUCAUCCUGGCGGGCCUGCUGGUGAUGGUGCCCGUGUCCUGGACGGCCAACACCAUCAUCCGGGACUUCUACAACCCGCUGGUGGCCGCCGGCCAGAAGCGGGAGAUCGGGGCCUCGCUCUACGUGGGCUGGGCGGCCGCCGGCCUGAUGAUGCUGGGGGGAGGCCUGCUCUGCUGCAACUGCCCGCCCCGCGCCGACAAACCCUACUCCGCCAAGUACUCCGCUGCCCGCUCCGCCCCCGCCAGCAACUACGUGUAAGGUGCCGCGGCUCAACGCUGUUGACUUUGUUUCUCCCUGGACUGAGCUCAGCGCAGCUUGUAAGCCCCAGGAUGGCCCUGCCGUGGCCCGCCGCAGGCUGCUGGGGGGGGGUGGGCCAGCAGGGACUGAGACAGGACACUGGCCCGCAGCCCUCAGCCCCUUCUGGCCCUCUGGGAUACCUUCCCAAGGCCUCCUCUACACCAGGAUGGACUGAAAGACUUCCUAGCCACCUUCCUCUGCAAGGAUAUGGACGCUCCUAGCCACCUUCCUCUGAAUGGAUGUGGACACGGGGGCCGGGGGGUUUUCAGCCAACGGGCAUGGCAGUGGAGCGGGGAGCUGACUCUUGCUGGCCAGGACGGCUCAGCCUGACUCUACUUGGGAUCUCUGACCGGGUGCCCUGCCAGCGCCUGUGUUGUUGGCCUCUGUUCUUUGAUCAUCCCCACUCCCUCCAAGUGCCUUCUGUGGAAACCUUGUGGCUAUGAGAAUGGCUGGGGCCUCACCCACCCGCCUGCCUGUGGAGCAGAGUUGAC